CCUGUGGGGGGAACACCUUAGAUCCGAGGGCCCGAACUCAGUGAGGCGGGAGGAACUGCACGGAGCGGUUGGGGAUCGCAGCUCCGUGAAGAGCGGGCUUUGGAUUUCAGUUAAGUUCCUUAUGUCUUCCCCUGAAAUUGCUUCCCUUUCAUGGGGGCAAAUGAAAGUACAAGGCUCUACUAAAAUCUAUAAGGACUGCAAAGUGUGGCCAGGGGGAAGUCGGGAUUGGGAUUGGAGAGAAACAGGAACUGAGCAUUCUCCUGGUGUGCAGCCUGCAGAUGUGGAGGAAGUUGUCAAGAAGGGUGUGCAGACCCUUGUGAUUGGCCGAGGGAUGAGUGAGGCCUUAAAGGUCCCCCCAUCAACCCUGGAGUACCUUGAGAAACAAGGCAUUGAUGUACGAGUACUCCAGACAGAGAAGGCCGUAAAGGAGUACAAUGCCUUGGCUGCCCAAGGUGUCAGGGUCGGAGGGGUCUUCCAUUCCACCUGCUGAUGAAGCCUUAAAACAAAUCACU